AUGGAGGGAACGCUGGAAAUCAUCGGGGAGGGAAACAAAAUGAUAGUGCUGAAACAGACAAGUGGGGUGAAGAUCAGACCUCCUUUUAACGACAGCAGGGGGGUAGCCAAGUCGGGAAGGACACCCACGAGAAGGUCCCUCUCGCCAGACGCGUACUUCCACAUAUUGAGGCACAUCCACUUCUACAGCUACAUAUUUCUAAAAAACUCAGUGAUCAAAGUGGUGAAGGAAAAUGAAGUGAAAAAUGUUAAUAUUACUCUGCAGUAUUAUUGGCUAAAUAAAAUAUGCUACAGGCAUGUCAAGAUAUUUGAAAAGAAUCUGCUUGUUAAUAACAAUUUCGUCGUGUUUGAUUCUCAAUUUAGCGACUUCGUUGGGGAUUCGCUGUACUGGUACACACGUGGCAGUACCUUGCCUAGUAGAGUUAUCAGCAGAGCCAAUUACUUCCUCUUCGAUGGAAUGGAAAAAAUCAGGACGUACUUACUCCGAUAUUACAACAGAUUUUUAGCCUAUUUGAAGGAGAAUUCAGCUCACAUUGCAGAGGACAUUUGGAGAGACAUGAAGGCAUUUAUUAAGCACACAACCGAUGAGAAAAAAUUGCACCACGUGAAAAGCCAAAUCGUUUCAUAUCUGAAGCAAAUGAAUUACAAAGAUCUUUUCCCCCAAGUGUUGCACUGUUUUGAGAUAUACAUCAAACGGUUAAAGCAUUUUGAACGAUUGAAAAAAAGAAAGAAAAAAAUGAUUUCAACUGGUAAGGUUAUAUUUAAGACAAUUUACGACUCGCAUAAUUUUAUUUAUCGUAACAAGUCAAGGAAAAGUCGCAUUGGGUAUGUGGAAGAAAAUUUAUUUUCCAUUCCCUCCUUUUUGCUUCAAACCGGUGGAAAUAUAAAGACGGGGGAGUCACAGGUGGCCCUUCCAGAAGAUUCCGCAAUGGGAGAGGCGAGUGAACUGACGCCUAACAUCAAUUUCUCUGACCAGUACAUAAGCGUCGAAUUAAAGUUUAAGUGCGGAAUGGAGGACUACAAUGACAUGUUGGACCGAUACAACAUACAACAGUUAAUAAAGCAGAGGAAGGACCACUCCAGACAUUUGUCCCUUUACGUGCCAAGCAAUUUUUUCCAGCUGAAUUACUGGGAGAUAUUUAAGAAUUUAAAUUUCGUCUUUCUAUCUCAUAGCAAUAAUGUGAACCUCUACGUCAAUGGUAGGAAGAGGGUGGACAUGGCCAUGCACUCGGCGGACCACUUCAAACAUCUCUUUUAUGGCGAUCCGCUUGGUCCGUUCAAUGGGGGCAAGGACCCACAGGGGAAGCUCUACUUGGUCCACCUAAACAGUCAGCGAGGCGAUAAAAGUGCUCUGCCUUGUGGAGACACGGAAAACGCGUCAGACGCGGCAAACAGGGCAAACACGGAAGCGCCUUCUCCAGAGGGAGAGGCAGCCCCCCCAAGGGGCAAACGAACCGGUGACGCCACGAUCAACGAUUGCAUAAACCAGUUGAACCAGAUACAAAUGAAGAUGUCGUGGAAGUACGCCAAUAAGUACAACAUUUUGGACUACUGCCAUAGGGUUGGUUCAGACCCCAUCCUGGAAGAGGGAAUCUGCGGUUUGCUGGCGCAAUGCACCCAUGAGAAGCGGCCAUCCUUGAAAUGGCCCCACAGAAGAAGCCUCUCAUAUUCGGGUCUCCCCUACAGUAACUACGCCUACCGCAACUACAUUUUCAGCAACAAGUUCUUCUUCAAGUACUUCAUUCCUUGCACGUGCCAGGAGUUGAGAAGCGUCUUGUUGAGCCUGAAAAAGGGGGACUACUGCAUGUGUAUUAAAAAAUUGGUCGCCAUCUUCGACACCUACAAGGAUAUUUACUACCUCAAUUUGAUAGCACUGUUGAACAACGCAGCGCAUAUUAUUUGCGAGCGAUGCGCCGUAGUAGCCCCAAGGUACCUCCAUGAUAGUUCUGUCCUUCCGGUUAAAAGGAGGGAGAACCCCCUUUGGAACGUCAAUUUGGUAGAGCGUGAGAAGAACAAAGGAGAAUCAUCUUCUAGUAGUGGCCGCCACCAUGGCAACCAGCGUCGGAACCGUGCCACCGUCUUUAUCCUUCCAAGUGAUAUGAAGUGCCCCCUCAGGGAGUGGAAAAGAGAUUUACUCCUCUUCAUCAAGGAAGCAAAAACUGACAAGACGAAAUGGAAAAAAAUAUUCAAGGGGAGAUUCACUCAUCUGAGGGAACUCUACACCGAAAUGAGUGACACGUACAGGAGUAUUUUGAACAAAUUGCAGGAGGAUUACCUUACCAUGUUCAUGCAAAAAUUGCGUGUACAAAAAAAAACGUGGAACGAAAUGCGUAUCAAGGUUGAAGAAAAUUUCAUUCAUAGAGUAAAACACGACUUUGUCUAUCUCUACGAUGGGAAGGUAAAGACAAAUUAUUACUACAACUGGUUCAUUACGAAUCGGUUUACCCUGACGGUGAAGCUAUACUUCCAGCAAUGCCAGUACCUCCUCGGGGGAUUGCUGAACUAUAUUCAAGUUAUGUGCAGAGAAAAAGGCUAUGAACAGCGGGUCAGCAAAAUGAUUGCUCAUCUCCAGUGCAGCGUCAAAAAGGCACUCUCGAAUUACAAAUCAAAAUAUGAGUCCAGCUUUGAAAUAGGGAAUAUCUCCCAUUUUAUAGAGCGACAAGGUGGAAAUGCCAGCCUCAUAAACUACCUCCUCUUCCAUAAGAAUAAAUUGAACACGGAUAGAUUCAUCAUCCAGACCAGUGAAAAAACGGAAAGGCUAGUCAUGCUGACAAACAUUAUAGAGAAGGAAAAAUUCUUAUUUUAUAAACUUCUCUAUUUCCACUGCUUCAGUGCUGGACAAGUUCAAAUUGUGCACUGCAUGCUACGUCUGAUCAAAACAUUUGAGAGGUUAUUUUUUUUAAAAAAAAGUGAAGACAUUUUUUCCAGCUUUGCUUACUACCGUGCAAGUUUGGAGAAUUUCACCUCCCCGGAGAGGAAGAACAGCUAUAUUGCGAGGAACAGACACUUGUCCCGUUUUAUUGACGUCAAGCGACUCAGGCGCCUCUCCCAGUGUGUGUUAAGCAGCGCUGAGGAGGGAACUGAUCUAACAAACACCCAGGCGACUAAUCAGAGGGGCACCCCUAAACAUGCCGUCUUCACGUACCUACAGAAUACACACUUCCUUCUGGGCAACGAACUCCUCAUCGACGCCAUAGGAACAGUGAACAAGUACUCCAAAUCGAAGCUGGCUUAUGUCCAAAGCGAAAUGAAAAAUCGUACACGCAAGCUUUACUAUGGACUCUACCGCAAUAUGAAGCAGUACGGCAAAAAAUACACACCCAUGUAUAAGCCCAGAUUGAGAAGGAAGGUAAACAGGAGGAAGUUAAUUGGACACAUGUUAAGCAGCCGAACGUUGAUAACGAUGGACCAUUUUGACUAUCUAACUAGUGAGCCAUUUAAGUCGAGAUUGGACAGCAACACAAUUAUAGUGAAUCGGAAGAAGGACAUCCCGAAGAAGGCCCUUAGGAUUUACAAGAAUAUGAUUUUUUUCGUAUGCCGCUUUUUAAUAAGUAGGACCCUGUGCGAUAACAGUACCAUUUUUAACAUUUACGCGAAGGAAGACAACAGGUACGACGAUGCGGAACUGCUGCAGACGCUGGAAGCAAAUCGAUUCAAACCACUAAUUGUGAUGCGAAGGGGCAGAAGACGACGACCACGCGGAGUAUCAAGCGUGACGUAUGCGAACGGUGUGGAGAACCAGGAUGGUAACGCCAUUCAGGGGGAAAACGCAGAGAAUGGAAAUCAGCAGAGUGGCGUCCCUACCAUACUGUGUGCUAAGAGGAAGAACAAAAAAUAUAUCCCUACGAAAAGGUUCACCUCUAAUGCAUAUCCACUCAGAAGUACCCAUCUCCGAAGGGAAAAAGAAAGAUGCAGCAGAGAGGAUAACAGGCAAUUUCAAAAAGUGGUGGAGAAUGCCUAUAUGCCUCGCGGGAGUAAGAAAAUAUUUUACCGCAUUAGUCUGAUUGACUUAUCCAUGAAGUCGCUAAGUAAAAUGAGUUACUGGGAGAAGCAGAUGUGCCAGAUAAUCUCCCUCUACAAGACUCUAUGCGAGAUUUAG